AUGUUCGCGGUCUAUCAAUACCAGCCACUGCGAGAUAAGCGCUCCAUCCGCCUGCUCAAGCUCAAGCCAUCCGGAGGGUCCGAGCUGAUAUGCGAGCUCCUUGAAGUCUCUAUCACGAACCCGCCUAAGUAUGAGGCUCUUUCGUACGCUUGGGGCAGCGGCCAGGCCACAUCAUUGAUACAAUGCGGUGGAAAGCCCUUGUCCAUCAGCGCCAAUUGCGCAGCUGCACUCCACCGUCUCCGCCAGCGGUUCAGCUCCCGCCUGCUCUGGAUUGAUCAAAUCUGUAUCAACCAGCCGGACGCUGUAGAGAAAAGCCACCAACUAGUGCUGAUGGGCGAUAUCUAUUCCAAGGCGCAAUCGGUAGUGAUAUGGCUUGGGGAGGGAACGGAAGAGAGUGACCGUGCGCUGCAAUACGUUCGCGAGCUCGAAGCGCUGACUCCGCCACCUCAGACAUAUCUGAGAGCGCGGGAGAAGGGUACUGCUUACCAGCAGGGAUAUCUGUUCGGCCGUGAGCGAGGUCUACGUGCGAAACUCGAAGCCUUCCACGAUGGCAGAGCACUGGAACUUCUGCACGUAUUCACUCGGUCCUGGUGGAAUAGGACAUGGACGUUGCAAGAGAUCGCGCUUGCGCGGCAGGCCACUAUACUCUGCGGCAAAGAGACCAUCGAUUGGGGCGCUCUCUGUCACGUCAUGGCCGUGAUGGCUGGGAUCAGAUAUCACCAAACUCAAAGCUUCUUGGAUAGCAUAGCCGUUGGCAGACUUGCCUUGUGUAAGAACUUGAAGAACCUUGUCAACGGGCUCAUCAAGACUGUUCCGGCAUGGGGCGACGAAAACCCACAGCCCAUCCUGACCUACAUACUCCGCUCGGUCCGCAUGAAAGAAGUCACAAAGCAUGAAGACAAGAUAUAUGCGCUCUAUGGCCUCAUUCAAGCCUUGAAAAUGAAUAAUUUCCCUCCUCCGGCCGUCGGAAACCCCGUUGAACAGAUAUACUCUGAAGCGACCAGGUUUGCAAUUUCCCACGACCAAUCCCUGGCAAUCUUGUACCAAGUCGAAGGCAGCUCCGGCAACUACGCAUUGCCCUCAUGGGUACCCGACUUGAGUCAUCACCGUAGUCUGCCCUCUCCGCUUUGGCAUCAGCACUUCCAUGCUGCAAAGUCCUCGAAACCAAGAUUCUCCUUCCCGACGAUGACGCAGUUGUGCGUGCAAGGAAAGCGCACAGACAUGGUCGUUGCAAUUGGGCUUUCUACCAGCUCUGUGAACCAACCAAACGACGGUGCUGGGGGCCUUGAAUAUAUUAUCCGGGCGUUCCAGCAGUGGACCCAUUUGGCGAUGGCGCUUGAACCUUACCCAAACGGUGAGAUAGCUCUACAAGCUUUCGCUAAAACAAUCGUUCAGAAUGCCGCUUGUGGUCCUAUGAGGGAGGAGCUCAAUCCGAGAGUGGCCAGUGCCAAAGACCCGGUUCCGAAUAGAGAUGCGACUGCGCGUUCGCAAGCUCUGCCAGCCCGACUACUUGAUUACUUCGCGAUCUGGCAUCCGAUCAUCAUGGCGGACGAUCAGUUCAUAGGACAGGGCAUUGAGAGCGUAGAAGCAACGCUCGACGUGGAUACCAUGCCUCCACACUUCCGCCGCAAUUACUUUGAGCAAGAAAAGUUCCGCGCAAUCUCCCAUACUCCGGCGUGGAAGAUGAUCGCAGCGGCAAAUCUGAAGGCGGAGCGGUUCCACUUCAUGGCGUACCUGAACUCGGUGAACAGAGUCUUCUUCACAACGGCUGCCGGUUACAUGGGAUUGGGACCAAAGAUGAUGCAGACGGGUGAUUUUGUGGCUUUAAUCUCCGGCAUGGCGUUACCUGUGGCGGUGAGAGUGGAGAACAGCUUCUACCGACUUCUUGGUCCGGUGUACCUACACGGUGUCAUGGACGGGGAGCUAUGGUCUGAGGACGAGGCUGACUUCGAGGACAUAUUGAUCGUCUGA